AUGACCACGGCUGCUCUCAACCCAGCAAGCCUGUUGCUGAAUGACGACCCAGAGCAACUCCUACAAAACUGUACAGAGGUCACUGACCUGAUCAAAUCCACCAGACCAGACCUGACUGACAUCCCACUCUCAGAGACCAAUGAGGUACUGUACAUCGAUGGAAGCAGCUUCAUCCAGGAUGGAACCACUUAUGCUGUGGCUGCAGUCACCUCAAAGGACAGGACUAUCUGGACCCAGUCCCUCAACCGAGCUACUUCCACCCAGAAGGCUAAACUCACAGCCCUGACUGACCCAAGCGCUCUGAUGGGAGAGUGGAAGCUGCAAGUGCUCAGUCUGCAGAACGGGGAUGAGAACAUCUGGAAGAUGGGGUGUGGACGCAUAGCCCGCGCCUGCUCAGAGCUCCCUGGUGAGGUGCAAAGAAGCUGCCCUGGUUCUGGGAUUCGAACGAGGCCGUUGAAGAUACUGGCAGACCUUUGCAUCACCUUCAAACGUGGAGCUCUUAACGAUUUCCAAGCCUACCUCUUGCACUGGGUAGCGAUGAGAAAACAGGUCGUCCAGCUGUGCUGCAGGAGGCUGCAGAUUUUUUCAGAUUCCAUAUACCAAAUACAGGAGUUUCUGCAUGUUGUGUGCCUUGACAGCAUCGAGGAGCUGGAGAUGAACAGUUUUUUUCAUCUAGGCACCAUGAAAGUGUUUGCUUCUUACCUGGCCAGGAUGAGCAACCUUCAGAAGUUUUCCUUUGAUGGUAUGAGUCCGGAUACAUACACUUCUGUAAGGCAAAGUAAGUGGUAUUCCCAUAUGUAUGCAGUCCAUUUACAAAAGCUGGACAAUCUGCAGGAGAUUUAUAUAAAUGACGUCUUCUUCCUUAAAGGACAACUGCACAACAUCCUCAGGAGUCACACUCCCUUAAAGACCCUCUCCUUGAAGUCCAGUCCACUUUUGGAAUCAGACUUGAAGCAUCUUUCUGAGUGUCCAAGCACAGGUCAGCUGAAGCACCUGACUCUGAGCAACAUCGACAUGGCGGACUUCAGUCCGCAGCCCCUCCGAGCUCUGCUAGAGAAGGUGGCAGGGACACUUGAGACCCUGGUCUUAGACCAAUGCUUUAUCAAUGAUUCCCACAUCAGUUGCAUCCUGCCUGCCCUCGAUGCCUCCUCCCAUCUCACUACACUCAGUUCCUAUGGGAACCACAUGUCCAUAUCUGUUCUGGAGAAACUGAUGGGUUGUACUGACAAGCUGAGCUUUAACUUAAAGCAAGUGUUGUGUCCUGUGCCUUCGAGUUUUGAGGAAGGAUGCUGGCUUGAGUUUAAUGAAAUGAAAUUUUUACAGGUCUCUGCUAAGUUCAGGCAGUUAGUGAUGGACCUAAAGAUAAAACAUAAGGUUCGGUAA